AUGGCGUUUUUGGGUAUCUACAAAGCCGUAUACGAUUAUGCGCCACAGGCAGAGGGCGAGCUUUCGAUAACCGAAGGCGACCUUCUCUACGUGGUAGACAAAAGUAGCGAGGACGACUGGUGGAAGGCCAAAAAGAAGGCCAGCGCCGACGACGAGGACGAGCCAAUCGGGCUCAUUCCCAACAACUACGUCGAAAAGGUGCGCCCCUACAGCCCCUACAGCCCCUACACAUACACUACCGGCUCUCGCGGCCCUCGAGUAUCCCAGUAUCAUCUUGCUAAGCCAAUUGCAGGCACACGCUAUGAGGAGUUGUCCUUCCCCGAAGAUGCCCAGCUGCAGGUCUACGACACGUCCGAUCCCGACUGGAUCCUUGUUGGUUACGAGUCCGACUUUGGCUUCGCUCCCGCCAACUACAUCGAGCUGGGCGACGCCGCCCCCGAGCAGGAGCCCGUGGCCGAGGCCGAGGCCGAAUCCGAGCCAGAGUCCACGCCGUUGCCUCCUUCGUUGCCUACACGCCCGCCUGCUGCAGCCGAACCAGACGAGUCCCGGAGCCCCCCAUUGCCCAACCGACGGCCGUCUGUAACAUACGAGAACAGUCCAGUGGCGCCCAGCGGCCCGGCUGAUGCACUGGCUGCCGUGAUGCAGGGCAGACCCUCAACCCGUGCAGCGACGCCGCCCCCGAUCACAAUUCCGCCCCGAUCGCAGUACCUCUCGGAAGAAUCCGACCAAGAGCCGAGUCCUGCUCUCCCGGUACGACCACAGUCGACGCGGUCCAACGAUGGUUCGUUGGCAUCCCCUCCCAUCCCACAGCGAUCCGCUACUUCCGCUACUCGCCGCGGUUACGACCAAGACCCUCGUGCUCCUCCGUCGUCGACACGUAUCGUGCCUGGUGGCUUCCACAUGUACAACAUCAACGAGAUGGUGUCUGUGAUGGGCAAGAAGAAGAAGAUGCCAACCACGCUAGGCGUGAAUCUGAAGACGGGCAUCAUCCUGAUCGCCCCCGAGAAGGCCCAAGACGGCCCGACCCAGGAGUGGACCGCUGACAAGAUGACUCAUUACUCUCGUGAAGGAAAACACGUCUUCUUGGAGCUUGUCCGACCUAGCAAGAGCCUCGACUUCCAUGCGGGGGCCAAGGACACGGCCGAAGAGAUUGUCAGUGCUCUCGGCGAAUUAGCUGGGGCUAUCCGGGCAGAAGGUCUCCGCGAGGUCAUCGCGGCCGGUACUGGCCAAGGUGGCCAGAAGCGAGGACAGAUCCUCUACGAUUUCAUGGCACAAGGGGACGACGAGGUCACCGUAGCCGCAGGAGACGAAGUGAUCGUGCUUGACGAUAUCAAGAGCGAAGAAUGGUGGCAAGUUCGGCGUCUCAAGACCGGCAAGGAGGGUGUCGUACCCAGCAGCUAUAUCGAAAUCACGGCAAGCAUCACGUCUCCGACGACGUCAGGAACCAGCGCGGGCAAGUCUCUUGUGGCACAGAACCGGUUGGAAGAGGAGCGCCUGACGAGAGAAGCCGUCAAGAGGGAUCAGAGAGCAGCAGAGGUAGGACCUGGAAUGCGUUUGCCUGAAAGGCAUAGUAGCUUGUCAGCUGGGGACAGUAGUAACCUUUCUGGGAAACAGCGAAGCAGACGCGAAAACGGCGGCAGCAAAUCCGGCUCCUCCAAGUCCAAACCUGAUCAGUCCAAGGUACGUGUCUGGACGGAUCGAUCCAAGUCAUUCAGCGUCGAGGCGCAAUUCCUCGGCCUCAAAGACGGCAAGAUCAACCUACACAAGAUGAACGGUGUCAAGAUUGCCGUCCCCCUGGCCAAGAUGUCGUCGGGAGACAUUGAGUACGUCGAACGAGUCACGGGUGUGUCCCUGGAUGAGGACAAGCCUCUUGCGGACGUGAAACGAGCAAAGUCGACGAGGAGCGGCGCAGCCAGAGAGGGAUCACGCAGUAAUGCGGGCGCCUCGGUGGAGCCAGGAAAGUCUGACUACGACUGGUUCCAGUUCUUCCUUUCCUGUGACGUUGCCGUUGGGCUCUGCGAGCGAUACGCUCAAGCUUUCGCGAAAGACUCGAUGGACGAGAGCGUUCUGCCCGAUGUGGACGCGACCAUCCUCCGCAACCUUGGACUACGCGAGGGCGACAUCAUCAAAGUCACGCGCUUUCUCGACAAGAAGUAUGGCCGGGACUUGAAGAAGAGGAAUGUGAGCUUCGCCGAAGAUGGGGACGGCGAGGAUGGGACCUCUGGCGGUCUAUUUUCGGGACCGGGAGGGACCCUCCGAAACAACACGCGGAAAGGCCGUCCAGCUCCGACAGUUCAGACAAACGACACUAUUGACCCCAAAGCCUUCUCUCAGUCAAGGGACCUCGGUCGCGAGAACUCGGCGUCUCCUUCGCCCGUCGCCACGCGGCCCAAGGCCGCCGACAAGGGCAGUAGCGGAUUCGACGACGACGCGUGGGAUGUGAAGCCGGCAAAGCAACCAGAAUCGCAGCCAAAAUCGACUCCGACUCCAGAGGCCAAGCCGGCGCCUCCCCAACCGCAGAGCGCCCCGACACAGGCUAUGCUGGACUUAUCCUUGCUAUCCAGUCCCCUUGAGCCAGCCAAGGUACAGUCAACCGUGACGGCUCCUGCUGUCACUCGGCCAGCGCCGCAACCACAGAACCUGCCCCAGCAAGCUCAGGCUCAACCCCAGCCUCAGGGGGCCACGCCAUCCUUCUUCACGGGCAUCCAGGCAACACCAACGGGACCUACGACGCCGGCCCAACCGCUUAAUCUCGGUCUCAGCAGCAGGCAGCGACCAACUCCGCCUCAGUUGACGGGGGUACAGGGCGCUCUGAUGCCACCGCCGCCAGCGCGGCCGUUGUCGGCACCGCAAUCAGCACAGCCAAGUGGCUUCGCGCCGCCGCCGCUGCCGAUGCAGCCUCAGAUGACUGGUAUCGCACCUCCGGGCCAGAGCCUGCUCGGGCUCAGCCAGCAGCAGAUGCAGCAGCCCUACAUGGGCGGCUUCCAACCGCAGCCCACCGGUCAGGGCAUGAUGCAGUUCAACCCGACCGGUGGCAUGCCGCAGCAGCAGCAAACCGGGUUCGGUAGUCAGCAGUUCAUGCAGCCCCAGAUGACGGGCGCACCACAGCAAUUCUCGCCGGUCCAAGCCCAGCCAACGGGGUUUCCCGGGAGGUUCGAGCCUGGGCAGCAAUUCCCACAACAGACCGGGGUCAACACGUUCUUGCCGCCGGCGCUGGAGCCUCAGAGGACUGGGAUACCCCCUAUGCCCGCGCAGAUGCAGCCCCAGCCGACGGGGUACGGCGGAUACGGUCAGGGUUUCAAUCCGGGCUUGAACAAUGCACCUUCUCAACAACCUUCGCUGGCUCCCCUCCAACCCCAGCAGACGGGGCCAGCGCCGCCCGUCCGAUUCGGAGUCGCCAACAAAAUCGCUCCACAGGCAACUGGCCGCCGUGCGAACCUGGCCCAAGCAACUCCACAGAACCCCUUUGGCUUCUGA